CAACACUCACCUCCAACCCCACCAGAAAAUUUUCGAAAAUUACUGCUUCCCCUAACAACUGGUUCUGAAAUCCAAACCCUAAUUUUCCUAAUCCGAAACCCUAAUCGAACUAGUUUUCAAAUCAGUUAAGAAAUUCCCGCCGAAUCAGGAACCCCAGAUUCCAUGGCGUCGAGGAAAAAGGAAUCCGAAGGGAUUGCCUUGCUAUCCAUGUACAACGAUGAAGAUGACGAAGAAAUGGGAGACAUCGAAGAAGGUGACCACCGGCAAAACCAACAAACUGGGGAAGAAGAACAACAACAACAAGAAGGGCAACCGCUAGAAGAAGAAAACGAGUACAGAGAAUCUAAUAACAAUAUGGAAGAAGAUUCGAGAACCAACGAUAAUACGCCUCCUUUUCCUCACCAAAACACCAACCUUUCACAACAACAGCAGGAGCCUUCUGUUUCUUCGCCGCAGCAACCUCAACCUUUUGUUGCGUCGAAGAGAAGUGGAGGAGGAAGGCUGACCAUUGUUGAUUAUGGCCACGAUGAAUCUGCCAUGUCACCGGAGCCCGAGGAAGGGGAAUUAGGAAGCAGUGAUGACCUCAUGAUUGGCAUAGAGCAACAGAAUGCCAAUGGUGAUUUUCAAGGAAAAACGCCUCCAGCGGCUGUUCAGCUGACUCCGCAAUCAUCGGAUUUAGAACCAUUACAGCCUGAGACCUUGACCAAUGCUGUUAAUGAAUCAGAUGGUGUAGAAGUUGAGGAAGCCGUUUCUUUAGACAAUGUUGAUCCCUUGGAUAAGUUUCUUCCACCUCCACCAAAGGUCAAGUGCUCGGAGGAGCUACAAAGGAAAAUAGAUAAAUUUCUCAACUUGAAGAGAGCUGGAAAAAGCUUCAAUGCUGAAGUUCGGAAUAGGAAGGAUUAUAGGAACCCUGACUUCUUGCUGCAUGCUGUGAGGUAUCAAGAUAUUGAUCAGAUAGGGUCUUGCUUCAGUAAAGAUGUGUUCGAUCCUCAUGGAUAUGACAAAAGCGACUUCUAUGAUGAAAUAGAGGCUGAUAUGAAAUGUGAAAGGGAGAGGAAGGAACAAGAAAGCAAGAAGAACCAAAAGGUCGAAUUUGUACCUGGUGGAAAUCAACCUGGAGCGGUUCUUCCUGCUCCAAAAGUUAGCAUGCCUACUGCAGUUGCGGCUGGGAGUGGUUUGCCUUCAGGUCCAACUGCAGUGGAUAACAACAUUGUGCGGGAUGGUAGACAAAACAAGAAAUCAAAAUGGGAUAAGGUGGAUAGUGAUAGAAGGAAUCCUCUUCCUGCUGGAGCACAGCAUUCUUUAUCUGCUGCUGGAGCACAUACAGUUAUAUUAUCAGCUGCUAAUGCUGGAACCGGGUACACAGCUUUUGCACAGCAGAAACGGCGAGAAACAGAAGAGAAAAAAUCCAGUGAAAAGAGCUUUAACGCAGUAAAGCAAGCUUAGCACGAGAAAGAUUGGUCAAAAUCUCACAUUCCUUGUCUUAACCGAGAGGGAUGCAAAUAGUUCGAAGAGCCAAGCAAGCCAUGGUCAUAUCAUCUUCAUCUUGAAAGCAUUUAUCAUUCUUUUGUGCUUAAAAAUACAUGGCUAUCUCUUGGAUGUUUAUGUUACCAAUUUCUAUCAUAAUAUCUGUUGAGGCAAGCAGGUGGGGGUGAUUUCAAAUAUGCAUGAACUUUGCUGCCAAAACACGAGGCAAAAAUGACAAAAUAUAUAUUGGAUGGGGUCAUGGUCAUGGGGGUUGGAGAUAGAGAAAGGGGCUCAAAGAUCAAUGGUGCCUGUCUUUGUGUCUUUGGCAUCAAAUGAGAGACGUUGGAGAUUCGUACACUGUUCCCUGCAUACGUUUCAAUCUCGGACUCAGAUCUUUAUUUAAAGCAAUUGUUUCUGGUUGAAUUACACUCAAGGCCAUUAAACUAUUAUCAAGUUUACCAUUCGGUCACUCAACUUAAAAAAAUUACAAAAUUGUCUUUAAAUUGUUUAAAAGUUUUCAUUUAA